CCUGAUCUUGAAUAUCACUUAUCGCGUCACUUGAUAUAACCUCCACCAUUCACAUUGCCCCUUCGCAUUUCUUUUUAAUUCCUUUCUAUAUAAGCAGCUAAUUAGUUGAGUGAAUUACAUAACACGAGCCCAAGCCAACAUAAACAAAACAAUGGGAGGUAAAUAUUCAACUCUCGACCCAAUGCAGGUCGACGUUCCAAAACUGAACGAAAUGCUAGAGAGGGACCCCUACCUGAGACCCUACGAGCGAGAAUUCAGACGCCGGUACGCCUGCUUCAAAGACGCCAUCGAUAAGAUUAACGAAAGCGGCGGCGGCAUUGGCGAGUUCACGCAGGCAUACAAGUCGUUCGGCGUCAACGUGCAGCCCGACAAUUCGGUGGUGUGUCGCGAGUGGGCGCCGGGCGCGAGGCAGCUAUUUCUCGCCGGAGAAUUUAAUAAUUGGAAUCGCGACAGUCACCCGUACAACAAGUCCGAGUACGGGAAGUGGGAGUUGCACAUUCCCGCCAAUCCGGACGGAUCGUGUCCCAUUCCGCACAAUUCAGAAUUAAAGGUGGUGGUCGAAACGGCAAGCGGCAGCAGAGAAGAUCGCCUCUCACCGUGGGCAACCUACGUGGUCGAACCGCCCAAAUCCGAGGGCACGAUCUACCGGCACAAAUUUUGGAACCCCCCGUACUCCGAGAGGCACCUCUUCAAAAACGCCAAGGUCAAGCGUCCGAAAAGCUUGCGCAUUUACGAGUGUCACGUCGGCAUCGCGACCUCCGAACUCAAGGUGGGCACCUACGUCGAGUUCGCCGACAACAUUCUGCCUCGCAUCGUUCGACAGGGGUACAACACGAUCCAGCUGAUGGCGAUCAUGGAGCACGCGUAUUACGCGAGCUUCGGCUACCAGGUGACGAGCUUUUACGGCGCGUCGAGCCGAUACGGCACCCCCGAGGAGCUGAAGUACCUGGUGGACAAGGCGCACGAGCUCGGCCUCUUCGUGCUGCUCGACGUCGUCCACUCGCACGCCAGCAAGAACGUGAUGGACGGGCUCAAUAUGUUCGACGGUACCGAUUCGUGCUUCUUCCAUUCGGGCGCGCGCGGCACUCACUCGCUGUGGGACUCGCGCCUCUUCAACUACUCCGAGUUCGAGGUCCAGCGCUUCCUACUGUCAAAUCUGCGCUUCUGGCUGGAGCAGUACCAGUUCGACGGUUUCCGCUUCGACGGCGUCACCUCGAUGUUGUACCACUCGCGCGGGAUCGGCGAAGGGUUCAGCGGAAAUUACGACGAGUACUUCGGCCUUAACGUCGAUACGGAGGCGAUUAUAUAUCUAACCGUCGCCAACUACAUAUGCCACACGCUGUAUCCCGAAGUGGUGACGAUCGCCGAGGACGUUUCCGGCAUGCCGGGCUCGUGCAGGCCGGUCGAGGAGGGCGGAUUGGGUUUUGAUUAUCGAUUGGCCAUGGCGAUUCCGGAUAAAUGGAUCGAGCUGCUGAAGGAGGUGAGCGAUGACGACUGGAAUAUCGGCAACAUUAUCCAUACGUUAUCGAACAGGAGGUGGAUGGAGCCGAACGUCGCGUACGCGGAGUCGCACGAUCAGGCGUUAGUCGGCGACAAAACGAUCGCGUUCUGGCUGAUGGACAAAGAGAUGUACACUCACAUGAGUACCGUAUCCGAUCCGUCUGCGAUUAUAGACCGUGGAAUCGCCUUGCACAAGAUGAUCCGGUUACUCACGCACAGCCUGGGCGGGGAGGCGUAUCUCAACUUCAUGGGCAACGAGUUCGGCCACCCCGAGUGGUUAGAUUUCCCGCGCGCCGGCAAUAACGUCUCCUAUCACUACGCCCGCCGCCAGUGGCAUCUGGUGGACGACGAACUUUUAAAGUACAAGUACCUGAACAGGUUCGACGCGGACAUGAAUCACCUGGAGCAGAGGUACGGGUGGCUGCACGCGCAUCCCGGCUACGUCAGCUGGAAGCACGAGGACGACAAGGUUAUCGCGCACGAAAGGGCCGGAUUAGUGUUCGUGUUCAACUUCCACACGCACAAGAGCUUCCCCGAUUAUCCGGUGGGCGUACACGAGCCCGGUCGUUACAAGGUGGUCUUGUCGUCCGACGACUCCCAAUACGGCGGACAAGAGAGAAUCGAUAAGAACGUGUCAUAUUUAACGAGAGACGAGGGAUUUGCCGGCCGCCGACACUCCUUCUUGGUGUAUAUACCCUGUCGAACUGCAAUCGUUUUAGCCAAAGAAUGAACUAGGAGCAAUUCACUUUGUUAUAUAUGCAAAUACUCGUUAUUAAAUACAACUAUUUUCUUUUGUU